CGGUCGGCGCCACGACGCGACGAUUGCCAUCCAUUCGCUCGUCCGCCGGCACGCACGCCUGGCGUUCGCCUGCACUGCUCACGCCGUCGCGCGUUUGACAUAACUAUACCAUCAAUGGUGUUUGUGAAUAUCAUUACAGAACUUCGACAAAACAACUCCUGCGCCGGGAACUACCACCUUCACCAUGGACAAGGAUCACGCUUUAGAAGAAAUGAUGGGAAAGCUCGGUGACUUCGGGCGGUACCAAUGUUUCCAGUUCAUACUCCACAUCUUGGCGGCCAUGACGGCUGGUAUGCACAUGCUGUCCCUAGUCACAGUGGCUGCGGUACCGGAACAUAGAUGUUACCUGCAAGGGAUAGACUUUCCAAACUAUACGGCGCCGUUUAAUUCGUCUCUGGUUCAGGCCGCCAUUCCACUCAACGAACAUGGGAAACUCGACUCCUGUCGGAUGUAUGGAGACAAUAAGACUCUCGUAGAAUGUGAUUCUUGGGUAUAUGAUACCCAGUAUUACUCGUCGUCUCGCGGCAUCGAGUGGGACUUCGUGUGCAGCCGUCGUUGGAUGGGAGCCUCAGCGCAGACUGCCUACAUGUUCGGCGUGGUGGCUGGUUCGCUUAUAUUUGGGCGACUUUCUGACAAAUUCGGAAGAAAAAAAGCAUUCCUUUGGUCUGGAAUCCUUCAACUCCUUCUAGGAACUUCCGUUGCUUUCGCCUCAGAUUAUUAUACUUUCAUAAUCAUUCGAUUCCUUUACGGUAUCUUCGGAUCCGGUUCAUACAUAGCUGGGUUUGUUUUGACGAUGGAAAUAGUUGGUCCAAGUAAGCGCACUAUAUGUGGUGUUACGUUUCAAAUUAUGUUCGCCAUUGGAAUAAUGCUUUUAGCCGCUUGGGGAUACUUAUUAGAUAACAGAUUCUAUUUACAAAUAGUGUAUGCGUUACACGCAGCCGUAUUGCUUCCUCACUGGCUAAUUAUGGACGAAUCCCCAAGGUGGCUCUGGGCUCAGGGGCGUGCUCGUGAAUCUGUUGCCAUCAUUGAGAAGGCUCUGAAAUUCAAUGGAGUAACUGACCCUGUUGAUACGCCAGCCCUAGUUUCCCACUGUAAGGCAACUUGUGCCAAAUAUACUGAUGAACAUUCUGCUGGAACUACUGACUUGUUUAAAACACCAAGAAUGAUGCAGAAGACACUCAUCAUUUGCGGUUGUUGGUUCGUCAAUUCUGUAGUGUACUAUGGCCUCUCUCUAAAUACUGGCAAGUUGAACGGAAAUCCUUACUUCCUCAUGUUCUUGAUGGGAGUCGUAGAGCUACCCAGUUAUAUUCUUAUUGUAUACUUUUUAGACCGCGUUGGACAUAGAGCUCUUAUCAGUACUAUGAUGUUGUUAGGAGGAGUCGCUUGUCUAGUCAUUGUUGCUUUGCCCCAUGGUUCGACUGCAACAACAGGCAUCGUAAUGGUAGGUAAAUUAUUUAUAUCUGGCUCCUACUCAAUUAUAUACAAGUAUUCUGCAGAACUUUUCCCGACAGUUGUGCGCAGCUCAGGAGUAGGGCUGGGCAGUAUGUGCGCAAGUGUGUCGGGCGCUCUGACGCCACUUAUUAACUUGCUGGAUACACUUAACCCUAAAAUACCUACCAUAUUAUUUGGAUUUUUGGCUCUAUUAUCUGGUUUCUCAACAUACUUCCUACCUGAAACAAUUGGUAGGAACUUGCCACAAUCGUUAGAAGACGGAGAGAAAUUCGGUGUUGGUGACACUUGCUUCACAAACUGCAGUGGUCGACGAAUGAGUACUGACACCGUGGACUUGCCAGAGACAAUGGUGCCGUUAGAAGUUAUGGAGAAGAAACCGUAAAGACUGUACUGUAUUGUAAGGUCUAUAGGUAAAACUUUUGCAUUGCCAUAGUCCAGAACUGCGUCUUAAGAAUAAGCAAUUCAAGUAAUAAGGCCAUUGUAAUGACUUAAGACUAUGUCUCAUAUUAAUGAAUAACAUACGUAAAACUUGCAUUUUAUGAACUUUGCUCAAUAUUUUAAUUUUAUCUGGUAUUUGUACACAACUUAACAAUAUUUUACACUGUGAAGUUCCCUUGUGUUAUGUAACUGUUACUGUUUUGCGAAGAAAUUAGUAAUUAAGUGGUUAUAUACGUAAAUAGAUGGCGUUAGGAUUACUGUUAUGUUUUAAAUUGUCUAGUCAAGAGUUGAUAUCAGGCAAAUCGCGUUCAUGUGGACGGUAUUGCUGAAGACUGGAUGAUUAUCCUAAUAAUAAAUAGGAAUAAUAAUAAAGUGGACUUAUCUAACAAGUAAAAUAGUACAUAUAUUAUUGUAAUAAGUAAGCAAUGAAAAGUACAAUUGAAUGUACACAUGUAGAAGUUAAGUACAAUACUGCAAAUAAAACAACAUUCUUAAAGUCUUGGAUGGAAAAUCCACAAAAUUUUUAAUUUUGAAGAUUAUUUCAAUUAAAUUAAAAUUUAUGUUGAUUACUUGGUCUACUACCUAUGAAAAAUAUUAUAGUAUUGUACUUACGUUUUUAAAUCAGUGAUCAUACGAAAUAACAAAGAAUUUAUACCUGGCAGUAAAUUAACAAGUAGAACGUAAGGUAUUUUUAGUAAUAAAUCGGUAGUUAAUAUUAAGAUUCUCCUUGAAAAUGAGGUUUCUAAUAACUGAUAGUGUCUUAGAAAAUAGAUGUUGAAGAAUACGCACAAGCUAUUGGUAUCCUUACAUGCAGUAAAGCAGAACCAAGUAGAUCAAAAUGCGAUUGUUUAUAGUCUUUGGUUUAUGAAAAAUUUAUUGGUAAUAAUAAUAAUAAUUCUUUGUUAUGUUAUUUAAAUCACAUACUACAAACACAAUACGUAGAACAUGUAUUUAUAUAUAUAUUUUUACAAAUUCUGGUCCUUUACAUCAGUCUCGUACUUACUUAUUCGCCUAGUCAUUUUGGCUAUUUUACUUUUGAAUUAUUUUCUACUUAGCGUUUGACUAGUGAGCUCUGACGUAGGCAUGGCAUAGAAACCUUGUAGCAAAGCAUAAUGACUACGUGCGCUGUAGCACACACCCGUAGUCGCUACGUUAAACACGGCGUAGUAGCUGUGCUAUACGCUGCGUAGUAGCUGUGCUAGCUAUCUCGUAGUCGCUAUGUUACGCGCUACGUAGUCGCUGUGCUACACGCCGCGGAGUCGCUUUGCUACACGACGCGUAGUCUUUACGCGACAUAGACAUUUUUAGUAGGCGUAGAUACUUUAUUGGAACCAAAUAUGAACACAACUUUAUUUUACAUAAUUAUAAUGUACAUGUUUAUGCAUUUAGACUUGAUUAAUAGUAUUAGAGCUAAUCAAUCUCUUGGACACUCCAAACAGCAAACGGGCUUAUACAGAAAAAUGUGUAAAAAUACAUAACAAUAAAAUAUUUAUUCUCUCUAAUUUCCCAAAGCGCCACGCCAAGAUACGCCUACGUCGACUAACGCCUACGCUCGCGCUAGAAUAAUGCCACACUCGGAGGCGCCCCUAUGUCGCAGGGUAGUAAUGAAUGAACGAACUUAUUGCUAUUAACCGGUAUAAACAUUCAUUCUCUUUCUACAAUUUUAUAUGUAACAAAGAAAAAAUGUUAUAUUGGUUCGAAAAACGUCUUCAUAUAGACACCAAAUCAGGAGCCAGAAACUAUUUAAGCUAAUGGAUUUAUUUCCUACGCGUUAAAUAAUGAACUAUCUAUAUUUAUUACCUUGCAACAUAGUCAAUAAAGGUCAUACAUACUCAUAACAGCACUGCCAGUUUGUGCUCGAAACAUUUUCUAAUAAAUAAGUACUUAUGCUUCAAGCGUCAAUGUAAUUAAUUUAUUUAGAAAGUAAUUUAAGGGUAUUUUGUAGCAUUUAGACGUUAAAGAGCAAGUCAUUUAUGUGUAUGGUUAGUGUCUAGGAAUGGAGUAGAAAUAAAUUAUUCCCAGUGCUUAUCAGAUAUCACAUUUUCAUUGGUUUAGAAAUUAUGUAUCUAUUACUGCUUCUAUUAGAGCUGAAUACUGUGAAUUAUUACCUGUUUAAAGUUACACGGUAUUCAAAUUAAAAACAUUAACCACAUUGCUGACACACGCUGCAUAACCACUACCACUUAUGAGGUUUACUAUAAAUAGCUGGAUUCUAAGUACUAGGUAGCUUUAAUCAAUUCCCAUUUUACAUUUUAUUACUUGGUAACAGAAUAUACGUACAGUACAGUACGUGAAUAAAAUAUUCAAGUGUUCAUUAGUGCCAGGAUAUUUAUUAUUAUUCUGUGUUAUUCAAUGUAAAGAAAUUUCAUAAAGUAGGUAGCUAUAUAUAGGAAUCACCGGUUUAAUACUUACAGCAAUUACAAUUAUAUCCCAGGGAUUUUUUGUAUAGGUACCUGUUUAAUGAUCACGAACUUAAGCCAAGACUGAAAAAAGCAAUAACUAGUUUCAAUUCAAUGAAAAAUAAUUGGGUAGUUUCCAGGGUAUCAAAAUUAAAAAUCUAAUUAGUCCGUCAGUUAGAUAAUGAA